UAAUUCGCACGACUACCUUUGCUUUUGUACCUCGAGCGCUGUAUAUCGCGCCGGUACCGGGUGCUCUGCUGUGCGAUGACCAUGUAUGCUUGCUCUUGCUAGCUAGCCCGCUAGCUAGCUCGGGGGAGGUCAAGACAGAUAUUCGGGUGACAUAUACUGUAGAUCAAUACAGUCUCAGGCGGCAUGAAGGAGAUGAUGAUAACAGGUAUUUACUAGAUUGAAAAAAAGAGCAAGGGCUUCGGCCCACCCACCCCAAGUUAUCAGGAUGAGGAAGAAGCGAUCCAAGACCCGGCUGGACUCAGCUACCAGCAGUACCAGUGGGAGUGGUAGCAGUCGGUAUCAGCACCUCCACCAGGGUGUAAGAGGUCCAGCCAAAAAGGUGAUCAUCAAGAAGUAUGAUGAGACCCCCAACCGCUACCGGUCGAAGAUUGAUCCUGUCAACCUGGAGGAGCAGAAGAUGCAGUUCUUGAAGCAUGGACAGAUUCCUCAGUUCCAGUUCAAGGUUGCACCAGAAAAGAUUGAGGAGAUGUCACACAGCAAAAAAGCAGAGAUUGAGUUCACCCUGAUGGAAGAAGCUACAUGGAUCCUUGAGAAGGUUCGUCAGAAGUACGGUCCGGGAAGUCUGUUUGUAGAGCAGAUGUACGGGGAGAGGAUCACUGCUGAGAAGGCAAGCAAGAAACUCAGUCGAUACCUGAAGCAGAAUGGCUUUGACAACCAGAUCAGCAUUGGAUGGAGUAAAGACCUAGCCUGCAGUGCAAAGAUGGCUUGGUAUGGUCCUAAUGCCAAAGCCAACAGACCUGAAGCAAGGAAGUAUUCUCUCUGGCUCAAAGACUCGACUGAAAAUCUCUUUCUGAGGGAGACGGGAAUCAUGUGCCUUGCUGAUCAUGAGAUUGGAACUCAUUUUCUGAGGACUGUGAAUGAUGGCAUCCAGCCUUGGUUCUCUAAUCGGGAACAGUUUGGUCUAAAGAAGUUUAGCUCCCAUCUACUCUUAGAGACCGAAGAAGGUCUAGCAACCAUCAACACUCUCAUCCAAGCAAACAAGAAGUUCCUCUGGUUUCCAGCCCUCCUCUACUACACUGCCUGUAAGGCUGCUACUAUGACCUUUGAAGAACUGUUCGCUCACCUGGGUCAUUACAUUGAGAAUCGUGAACUUAGAUGGCGCUAUGUAAUGCGGGUCAAACGCAGUCUCCCAGACCCUGCAGGAGUAGGUGGAUAUGGAAAUGAUCAGUGCUACUUCAAAGGUGCAGCAGAAAUCCUGCGAAGCAUAGACACCAUUGACUUCCAUCUUCUGUACGCAGGGAAGGUGUGUUUGGAAUCCUUGCCUCGAAUCCAGAGGAUGGCACGACUGGACUGCAUCAGGAUACCGCACUUCAUGCAGGACAUAUGUUCAUACCUAAGAACCCUCAGGACAAUUGCCGCUACCAAUGGACUAAACCUACCUCAGAAACCAUCAGUCAUUCCCAAAGAAGUAGGCCUCCGACGAAAGCCAAAGAAAAGCAAAUCAGGUGGUGGCAAAAAGCGCAGGAACUCGUCCAAGGCCAAGGUUGACAAGGCGCCAAAGCAACAGCAGUCUUCCAGUAAUGAUAUCCUCAUCGUUCAAAAUGACAUCCUUGAUUGCGAUGAACAGGUUGAUCUUAUUUUCCAGCGGACCUAUGACCAAUCGGCGAUGCUGAAGUUUUCCCCUUCCCUAGAGGCUAUUCAUGAUCAGGGUACAAGUCUUGUUACAGGGUCCAGGAACACCUCACCCAGGGAAUCCAGAGAGGCAUGGGCCAGGAAAUGUCUUUCAAAGUCUUACAUUUAUGCCUAUGACGAUGAUCAUGAGGCAUCAUCAGAGCAAUCUGUGCUUUCUGUCUCCUAUGGAGAGAAUGACCCUUCAAUAUCUUCAGGGUUGCGUUGCCAGUCACAGCCCACUAUCAUGAACAUUUAUGAAGACAGUCUACGUACCGACCAGAGCCAACCUCAAGGUACUAGCAAUCAUGGUAUUAACCGGUUAUCCCCUCUAAGUGGCACCCCAUCCAAACAAAAUGGCCUGAAUCACAACUCCUCAUCACAGACCAAAGUCAAGAGACCGGUAUCCCCUCUGCGAGCUGGCAUGCCCAAUGUGAUGCCUACUGUAAGCUCAAGAUAUAGACGUGAGAAGUGCGCAUCUCCAGUCCCGUUUUCUUCUCACCGUUGGCUUCUUUUGAGGAGAGAUAAAUGUCCUCCAAACUCCAUUCACUAACGUACCUAAACACAAUUCUGAGCUGCUUUUUUAGCAGGAAUCUUGCUCAGUGUCUUCAUCACCAAACCUCCCUCUUCGGCACAGGUCAAACAAUAGGGAAUGCAGACACUAA